AUGCAGGCGUCGUCCAGCUCAUCGCAGCGGGCCUACUCGCAACGUCGCUCCCCUGGCGCUGAUCCAGGACCACCGCCCAGUGUGCGACCCAACUCUCCUGGCAAUGGAGGCGUACAACCUCGAUCGUCCAAUUCUUCUAAUCGCCCUGCCCAAGGGAGCCUUUCAUCACGACGAACCAACCGCGAGGGCUCUGGUGGCUCAUCUAGCAUGCCGUUGUCGCAAAUCGAAAAAAGCGUUACCCACCUGCUCGUUGCUACGAAGCAGCUGCUCGAGACCUUGACGCAAUGGUCACGCGGACUUGCCUCGGACACCCAGGUUUCCGACGUCUACGUUCGCCUGGGUUACGAGUUCAAUAUGGCUUGUAGAGCCUUUACCGCCAUCAAUGUCGAUACAUCAGAUUUGGGAAACGUCCCCGAUCUCCUUAGGCACAUCCUGGAGGCUACGCUUAGCCAGGAAGCCAGCGCCGAAAGCCUCGAGAAGUACCUUCCGCGCAUUCGAGACAUCAUCAUCAAUCUGCUGCACGGUCUGAAACGCAAGCAGCAACGACUGCGGCAGAAGCAAGGACGAGAGCGCGAUGCCAGCUUACCAGAACGGACGACGAGUGUCAGCACGACUGCGAGCGGCAACAGCGGCUUGACCAACCUACUGGACGAGGGAUUGGAGAAUGGAUACCGACCCGAUUCCCAGCGCGGCGACCGCGAAUCUCCUCGGCAAGCCAUUUUCAACAAUUCCCCCAGUCGUCGUCAGAACGGUCCCAAAGACCAUUCCCGUCCAUCAAACGCGGCAGAGCCAUCAACCGUGAUGCAAAACGUUCCCUCGCUACCUCCCUAUCCGUCUGAAGACCCCGCCAUAAUGCCCUCAGCAUCGUCAUCGUCAUCAGUUGCCGAAAUAAAUAUCGAUGCCUUCCCACCACCUCCGCCGCCGCCACCGCCUGAUAAGCAAUCGAGUGCCUUGGCAGCUCUUCAAAAGGGCGGUGAUCUCGAACGCCGAGCGUCGCGAAGAUAUUCACAAUAUCAGAUCUCAAAGCACCUGGGAGCCGCGGCAAAUGGAAUGCCAAUGCUGCCCUCGCAGAACACACCAAUCCCCAACAGAGGCAGGAAAGAGGCAAGGGAAUCCCUGAAAGCCGUACAAUCCCGUCAAUCUGUUCGCCACAGCCGCACGCUGUCAAGCCAACCCAAGCCGGCGGCUAAAGAAUCCUCCCCUUCUCGAAUGCCUGGCGUGCCCGAGGAUUCCGCCACCACUCAGCGUCAAAAGAUGCCAGUUGAGCUGACCGACACCCCCAUGAACCCGGAAGAGAACAACGCCCCCAGCGCGACGUUGAGUGGACCGUUGCAGGAACCAGCGGCAUAUCUGGGCGGCACUGGUCGGGCGGAGUCGGAACCGAAUAAGCCGUUUCGGACAAGGACAAGGACAAGCGAACCGCCGUCUCUUGUCCACCCCAAUGAAUCGAAGCCUGGUGAAUUUUCUUCUCAGGUCUCACCUCCCCCGACUCCAACAAAGGACCUGACACUGUUUCUGCAAUACCGGUCAAAAGUCAAGAAGAUUGUGUUGGCGGAAGGACGAGAUGAGCUGUCAAUCGGAAGGUUACAACUGGCUUUCAUUGAGAAGUUUUCCUGGAACACGCAGCAAAACGGCACCGACUUGCCUGAGAUAUAUAUUCAAGACCCCGUGUCGGGCGUUCGACACGAGCUUGAAGACUUGGCUGAUAUAAAGGAUCGAACCGUCCUGGUUCUCAAUGUAGAACCUUUGGACGAGGUCAAGCGGCACUUUGACGACGGCCUUCUGGCGUUGACCAAGAUUGUUCAGUCUGUAAAGCAAAACGUGGAUGAUCAAGGCACCAUGUUGCAACGAGUGUCCGACAGACAGCAUGAAACGGCGACUGAACUGGCUCGAUUGGCCUCGGCCGCGCCGCCGGCCGCCUCCGUCGCGGAAGGCGGCGUCGUGAGAACACAACCAGGCGCGGCGGCGGCUGCUCGCAAGGUCGACGCUGGUCAAGCCGGAGAGCUGCAAAGUCUGCGACGCGAUUUGGCCGUCCUGCGGCAGACGUACUCGAGCUUUGAGUCGGAUAUUCAAAAGUCCAUGUCGGCCAUUCGGCUCCAGGCCGCGAAUGUGAAAACGGUCGCUGCCAAAGCAGCCGUUCCCGACAUGGAGGGCGAUGCCGGCUAUUCAUAUGUCAUCAACGGACGGAAACAGCUCAACGCCGAUUCCGACCGGCUGGUUGGCAAGGUGGACGAUCUGCAAGACUUGGUUGAGGACCUGCGCAAAGACGUUGUUCAUCGCGGAGUUCGCCCUCUGCCCCGUCAGCUGGAAGAGGUCGCCAAGGACAUCACCGGUCUUGUCAAGGAGCUCAAGAAGAUGGAAGACUACAUGGCGGCGGAGAAACCCGUGUGGACCAAGAUUUGGGAAAAGGAGCUCGAGGACGUUUGCCAGGGCCGGGACGAGCUGCGCCUUAUGGAGGACCUCAUUGUGGACCUGCGCGACGACCUGGACAAGGCCUCGGAGACGUUCACCCUCGUGGAGCAAGCGACCAAGGAGCAGAUGAAGGACAACGGCACCAGCGCCAGCGCCAGCACGGCAAGGCAGUUCUCGCGGGGGCUGUCGAACCUCGGCAACAGCCUCGACCAGAGCGCCGCCAAGGAGGACGUGCUGGGCGAGGUGCGGGCUCUUCAACCCAACCACGAGAACAGGCUGGAGGCGAUUGAGCGAGCCGAGAAGCUGCGGCAAAAGGAGCUGGAAGGCCGGCAGGGCAACGAGAUGCUGCGGGAAAUCGCCAACUUUGUGCAGGACGGCAAGCUGAAGAAGUCUGGCGGAUUCGAGGAGGUGGAGCGCGCGAGGAAGGCCAAGGACGAGAGGAUCCGGCGCGAGGUGUGGGAGCGCCAAAACGGCAUCAUCCCCGAAGACCCGAUCGGGGAGGACGGGUUGCCGAGCGGCGAGGCGGGCGGCGACGAAGACAGUCCCGCCGCGCCGGACGCAGAAGGCGAGCUGUUCCACGACGCAGAUUCGGCGCCGGCGGCGGAAGCAGCAGCCCCCGACGGGCCGGCCGACGAGCCCGCUUAG